GCUUUUUCAGUGUUCUCACACUUUUGGCCACCCUCCCUCCAUCGCUUCCACGAUCACACCGCCCACUCGCGUCGUGCCUGCAACCGACUGUCCGAGUCGCGCUGCCGUCCAGAAGCUGCUCGAGCCGAGCCGCCUGCACCGGGGAGAGAAGUGAGCGGGCUGGAGGCUUCCGUUUGACGGGGCUGCUGACGCAAACGAUGCGGCUCUUUCUGUUGGCGGUGGUCGUCUGGUGCUCGUGCGCGCGGGCCGGCUGCGAGCCGAAAAUUGUCAACAUCGGAGCCGUCCUGAGCCAAAAGAGGUACGAGCAGGUCUUCAAAGAUGCGGUGACCCAAGCCAACCAAGUCUACGGACGGGACAAAUUUAAACUCACGGCCAUCUCCGUCACGCAUAAACCCAACGCCAUCCAGAUGGCUCUGUCUGUAUGUGAGGACCUCAUCUCCAGUCAGGUCUACGCCAUCCUGGUGAGUCACCCACCCCAGUCCAAUGACCACCUGACUCCGACACCUGUCUCCUACACUGCAGGCUUCUACCGCAUCCCUGUGGUGGGCCUCACCACUCGCAUGUCUAUUUAUUCAGACAAGAGUAUCCAUCUGUCCUUUCUGCGGACCGUCCCCCCCUACUCGCACCAAGCGCAUGUGUGGUUCGACCUGAUGCGCGAGUUCAACUGGAACCAUAUUAUCCUGAUUGUGAGCGAUGACCACGAGGGCCGAGCUGCUCAGAAGAGGCUGGAGACGCUCCUGGAGGAGAGAGAAACCAAGAAUAAAAAAAGGAACUAUGAAAACCUCGACCAACUGUCCUAUGACAACAAGCGAGGACCUAAGGCAGAGAAAGUCCUCCAGUUCAGCCAAGACACUAACUUAACGGCCCUACUGCUGGAGGCCAAAGAACUGGAGGCCCGAGUCAUCAUCCUUUCUGCCAGCGAGGAAGACGCCGCCGCCGUGUACAAGGCUGCCCGCUUCCUCAACAUGACAGGCUCAGGCUACGUGUGGCUGGUGGGCGAGCGGGAGAUGUCGGGUAAAGCGCUGAGCGAGGCGCCAGACGGUUUGAUCGGCCUGCAGCUCAUCAACGGGAAGAACGAGUCAGCUCAUAUCAAUGAUGCAGUGGCGGUGGUGGCCCAGUCCAUCCAGGAGCUCUUUGAGAAGGAAAAUAUUACCGAACCGCCAAGAGGAUGUGUGGGCAACACUAACAUCUGGAAAACGGGGCCGCUCUUCAAAAGGGUGCUCAUGUCGUCUAAAUACCCAGAGGGUCUCACAGGACGCGUGGAGUUCAAUGACGACGGAGACAGGAAGUACGCCCACUACAGCAUUCUCAACUACCAGAAGAGUCGCCUCAUUCAAGUGGGCAUUUAUAACGGGACACAGGUGGUAAUGAACAAUCAGCGGAAGAUUAUCUGGCCCGGUGGGGAGACUGAAAAACCGCAAGGCUUCCAGAUGUCGACUCGAUUAAAGAUAGUGACAAUACACCAGGAGCCAUUUGUAUAUGUGAAACCCACUAUGCCGGAUGGAACAUGCAAGGAGGAAAUUACAUUAAAUGGAGUCUUAAUUAAAAAGGUUAUCUGCACGGGGCCCAAUGAGACCAUCCCAGGUAACACAUCAGGACGCCCAAUUGUGCCGCAGUGUUGUUAUGGAUUCUGCAUUGAUCUCCUGAUCAAGCUGGCUAUGACCAUGAACUUUACUUACGAGGUCCAUCUGGUGGCUGAUGGGAAAUUUGGUACCCAGGAGCGGGUGAACAACAGUAACAAGAAAGAGUGGAAUGGCAUGAUGGGAGAGCUCCUGGGGGGCUUGGCUGACAUGAUCGUUGCCCCGCUGACUAUAAACAAUGAACGAGCCCAGUACAUUGAGUUCUCCAAACCCUUCAAAUAUCAAGGUCUGACCAUCCUCGUUAAAAAGGAAAUCCCUCGCAGUACACUGGACUCGUUCAUGCAGCCAUUUCAAAGUACUCUGUGGUUGCUGGUGGGUCUUUCGGUACAUGUGGUGGCGGUGAUGCUUUACCUACUAGACCGGUUCAGCCCGUUUGGAAGAUUUAAAGUAAAUAGCGAAGAAGAAGAGGAAGAUGCCCUCACCUUGUCAUCUGCCAUGUGGUUCUCCUGGGGAGUGUUACUGAACUCUGGAAUUGGAGAAGGUGCACCUCGCAGUUUCUCAGCGAGAAUCCUUGGUAUGGUGUGGGCUGGCUUUGCCAUGAUCAUUGUGGCUUCCUAUACUGCCAACUUGGCUGCUUUCCUAGUGCUGGACCGGCCUGAGGAGCGUAUCACCGGCAUCAAUGACCCAAGGCUCAGAAACCCAUCUGACAAGUUCAUCUAUGCCACGGUGAAGCAGAGCUCCGUGGACAUCUACUUCCGGCGGCAGGUGGAGCUUAGCACCAUGUACCGCCACAUGGAGAAGCACAACUAUGAGAGUGCCGCCGAGGCCAUCCAGGCAGUGCGUGACAACAAGCUGCAUGCUUUCAUCUGGGACUCUGCGGUGCUGGAGUUUGAAGCCUCGCAGAAGUGCGACCUGGUGACCACGGGAGAGCUGUUUUUCCGUUCGGGCUUUGGCAUAGGCAUGCGCAAGGACAGCCCCUGGAAACAGAAUGUGUCCCUGGCUAUUCUCAGUUCUCAUGAGAACGGCUUCAUGGAAGACCUAGAUAAAACCUGGGUGAGAUACCAGGAGUGUGACUCAAGGAGCAAUGCCCCAGCCACACUCACCUUUGAAAACAUGGCAGGGGUCUUCAUGCUUGUGGCUGGUGGCAUAGCAGCAGGGAUCUUCCUCAUCUUCAUUGAAAUAGCAUAUAAGCGCCAUAAAGACGCCCGCAGGAAGCAGAUGCAGCUCGCCUUUGCGGCCGUUAAUGUUUGGAGGAAGAACCUGCAGCCAUCUUCCUCUCUAGAGACUCAGGAUCAAUACCCACCCACUGACAUCACAGGGCAGCUCAACUUGUCUGAUCCGUCCGUCAGCACUGUGGUGUAGGGAGCGUGAGCACCCAACUUGCCCCAGCCGAAGGAGAGAGGGAACAAGAAGAGGAAGGCGACACGGGAGGCGAUCCAUCGCCCUCAUUCUUUCACCGCCAGCCAGCGGAGAUUGUCGACAAAUUGAAGACGUGGCUUAAACCACCCAAUUUGCAACCUUUCAACGUCUGGAUUACCUGACCAUACAGGUAGAUGUCUCGAGGGUCCCUGAGCAUGCACCGAGCCACCUCAAUCACAUAUAACCUUUCCCAUAUGCAUAUUACUUACUACCUGCGUAUUUUAUCUUACAUUUUUCGGACAUACUUCCUUACUUGUCGAUUAUUCCCAUUUCCUCACCUGCCUCCUCGCUUUCUGGUGACGUUUAGUUACAAUAAUGAAUAAGAGCGUUUUAAUGCCAGUACUGUAACAUAGCACUUCCAAGUAGAGCCUCUAAACCAUUGUAAUAUUUCGUUUUUAAUGGCACAGUCCUGCAAUAUAUGUCCUGUAAGCUUCCUUUAAUAUGUGCAUCUUUAAAAGGAAUUGUUUGUGUGACCUUACACAUUUGAAAAUAGUUUAGAUUUGAUUUAUUUCAUUGGGAAGCACUACUAAAGACCCUAAUGAUCAUGAUUAAUCAUGAAGGCAUGUGUGUGUUCGUAUACAGUAUGAUCUAUUUGUGUUUGAAUGUCACUGGUCAUGUAAUUACUUUUAUGAUGAUGGUUAUCAUUCAUAGUUCAUCUUUCCCUCUUUGGUUGUCCACCAAAAUGCCAAAUGCAUGUUUUCGAUUACCCUACGAAUUUCUUCAAUAAAUAUUAUUCACUUGAGCUUUAGUACAUUUUCUAGAAGACUGAAGCAUUUGUUUUGCUGUCCGAUGAAACUGCAAACUAAUAUUUUUAUGCUCUAAGCCAUGUUAUGUUUGGGGCUGCCCUCCGUCUUCCACUCUGCCGCUGCAGUCUCUCACUUUUCCGGUCUCGAAGGGGUUGCAUCAAAAGGCCAGGUUUUUCAGCCAACCAGCCCUCAAUCGUUGGUGAAAAACCUUCCUUGUGGCAGAGGUUGUUGCUGGGGAACUUUUUCACGAAGGAGCCUGAGUGGAUUUGAAGCAUUGCUACGCUCGCAAGCUUUGGUUGGCUGCAAAAACAGGCCUUUUCCCAGUUUCUGGAGCUGAGAAACAACUGCCUUCCUGGUGUGCAGCACCACAUAGCACUUUACGCUGAGAGGGCACUCCCAAACUGUUAUAAAAUACACUACAACAGGAUGGCCAUAAACUCACCUUUACUGUUCCUUUUUCUUUUGUGCGAUUCUGCAUUGUUAGACAGUAACUCAGUCUACAGAUUCAUUUUUAACAAAGUUGUAACAUUUUGCACAAUCACAUGGUGCCAAACAUGCAUUAGUCCACGACCUUUUAACAAUUUGCUCUGACCUGCAUGCUGACAUGUUAUUACCACUCCUACUGUCUCUUAUUUGUCUUAAUUGUUUUUUUUUCUUCUGACAUGUUGUCACUGUGGAUUUGAAUUGAGUGAUCCAGUUCAAUAGAAUGAAAUGUUAUAGAGUUUGGUUUAGUGUCGACGGGGAUGGGGAUACUGUAUUGAGUGUUUGUGUUAUGACUGCUGCUGAGAAUGUCUUUUACUACUUUUCUUAUUUGUUCACUCACACACACACACAAACACACACAUUGUUAUACAGGCCUGCACACACACAAACACACACACACUUAAUAUAGAGUAUAAAACCCUUGAUUUCUUUAUUCAUUGAACCGUUUUGUUAAUAGAACUGUAAAUAAAACAUAACUUCAAGUCCCAAAA